GAUCAGAAGGAAGACCGGGCCACAGAACUACAGUGAGUUCAUUGAUGAGGUCAUCGAUGACAUCACAUACAUCACAAUAGAUCAAAGAUGUUCUGAGCCUUUAAACGUUGGAAUCUCAAGACAUUGAACAUUCAGGAUCCAGACAUCGCCUACAUUCUCAGUGUUUCGUAGCUAUGAUUAAUUUCUCUCACGCUCUCGUGCCGUUUGCCCUGCCGCUCGGCUGGGGACUCGGAUACAUGAUAACUACAGGCAUUGAAAAAAUGUUUAAUUACUUUAGUGACACGGAUUCAGAUUUUGAUGGCACGGACAUGGAAGAAACCGACCCGGCGGGGAAGGUUUCUUCUCCCACUGAGUCUGUGAGGGUCCCCAACGACCAGGCUACCCCGGCUGGGGUAGCCCUCUCACCCUCAGAGAGCUCUGCCCCGGCUGGGGUAGUUCUCUCUGAGGAAGAGAGCAAACUCGUUGGGGACAAUGCAAGUCUGGCUGGUGAAGAGUUUUUAUUCAUAUUAAAUGAUGUUCGUUUAUGUAUAAUAUAAAUGUAAUAUUUUUUGAUACACAGUCAAGAUGUUUUUCUGUGCAGCUGAAAACGGUGUACAAACUAAUGAAACAUGAUGUGUCUACUGAAGUAAGUUUUCCAGGGUUGUUGAACUUCCCCAGACAGUUAUUUGGGAACUCACUGUUUUUCCCGUGGCCUUCCUUGCAUGGAGAUAGAGUGUUUAGUUUUCACUUCCCAUAGACAUUACAGUGAAUGAGUAUACAAGGUUUCGUAUGUUUUCCUUUGUUUCUUUUGUUUGGUAUUCGAAGAUUGAGUCUCCGCCUUGGUAGUAAAGAGCUGAGGAUCGCUGAGGGUAGAUGAUGAGUCAGGCAAAGCUCACUAGUCUUUGCCCCCGGUCCGAAUGGAGCGGAGCCUUGGAGGAGGAACGAAGAGUGGGCCUGGAGGAUGUUCGUCGGGCUAAAGGUGGAGAUGGGGAGGAGGCGAGAUGAAGCACGGCUGACGAGCAGGCAGACACCCGGUGGCUAGGCUCCUUAAAGGGACCGGCUUAACGAUGAUUGGGUGGUGCGGCACGAGGCGCCGAUUCGGGUUGGCUGCGGCGUGUCGUGAGUGAUGGGAAUCAGCUGUGUUCUGUCUCCCAGCUUGAAUUUACGCCUAGGCUUCAUAUGAAAAAAAAGACAUCUGUUCCUCUUUUUAAUAUUAAAGUUAGAAAACUUCAACAGUAACAAAAUCCUGUAUAUAUUUACACAGCAACGUACAUAUUGGACAACCUUGGUUCCUCCAAUAAAAGUCUACUUUAAUCUCAUCUUUGGCAAAAAAAAAAGUUUUCCAAGAUCCAUUUUAGUGUCAACUUCAUUUCUUUUCAUUUCACAAGAAAGUUACAAGAUAAAGUUUACAUUUAUUGCUUUAAAAAUUUGUUUAGAAUGACAAACAAAAUGUAUCCUUUUCCAAUGGUGUGCAAUGUCACUGACCAUUGCACAAUGAGGCAACAGAAAUAUGGUUGCCUAACAAACGUAUUUUUGUCGAUAAAUCUUUGAAAUGUGAUUGGUUGAUAGACAAAUUUGCAGAGUAUAAAAGGUUCCUUGGGUCACCGGUUUUUAGGCACCAACUUACAACAAUGGCUGCCGUGACGGUUCUCCUGGUUCUGCUGUGGCUCGGUGUCACGACAUGCUCAAAGGUCGAUCUGCAAAAGAGACUCAUUGGGGGUCAACCAUGCAGGCAGGAUGAGCGCCGGUAUCACGUUCGCUUAGUGACAAAAGACAGUAAGGGCGAAGGUUUGUGUGGAGGCUCUCUACUGCGUAACGGCUGGAUCCUGACUGCAGCUCACUGCUGGAAAAGUGGACAGACCGUUGAUGCGUAUUUAGGAUGGCACUUGGGUAACAAUGUACCAAUACGCAUACCACUGGGUAUCUUUAAAAAACCUACUAUUUAUGAAGAAGGACCCUUGUUCAAAAAACAGAAACAUGACCUGAUGCUGCUGAAGCUCCCUGACAAGGCAACGAUUCCACACGGCGUGACAACGAUCGAGCUUCCUGACUGCUCAGGCAAGCCUAACAUAGGGAAUUCGGUGCAGAUUGCAGGUCAAGGUUCGACUUCUGGAAGCUUUUUUACCACCAGAGAACCUUGCUAUUCUCCGGUUCUUCAAUGUGGGAAUAUUAAUGUGGUUAGCUGUACUCGCCUCAAACAACAAGAGAUUGCAGAGAACUCGUGGCACAGUUACCAAUAUUGGUUCUGUGGCCAAACACCAGGAGUGGAUCAGUGCUUUGGCGACUCUGGUGGAGGAGUUGAGUACAAAGGCAGGAUUUAUGGCGUCACUUCUUUCACUGGAGAUCCAGAUCAUCCAUGCAGGAAACCAGUGGCAUUCAUGGACCUCUGCCAUCAAGACUAUCUGACCUGGAUUGAAAAAACUAUUGGAGCCCCUCCAAAUCCAGGAUAUGUUGUCUAAAUUGUUCAUUUUAUUUGAUCUAUGCAUGAAAAUGAAACCUUAACCUGGUUGGAAACAAUAAAAAUAAAUGCGAAAGCAGCAAGCAUCAGAA